CAGAUAUACGAUACACAACGACGGAAAGUGUAAUGUCGUAAAACACGUUUACGACACCAGCACUGGUUUUCUGGCAGUUAUGGCCGCACCGUAGAUCUCUUCCAACAAAACGAAAUAUGUUGUCUCAGUAAUUUUGUACAUGCAUUUAAGUAUCAGAGAUUUUCCGGCUGUUACAAUAUCGUUUUUUUUCUCUCGUCAUCUGCCAUGGCUGGCGUUAUGGAAACAGAGGAGCAAGCAAGACAUCGUUUCCAGCUUGAGUUGGAGUUUGUUCAGUGCCUAGCGAACCCAAACUACCUGAACUUUUUGGCUCAAAGAGGUUACCUGAGAGAGAAGCCUUUUGUCAAUUACUUAAAGUAUCUACUUUAUGGAAAGACACCAGAAUAUGCUAAAAUUCCUAAAGUAAGUUCAUAUCCUCAUUGUCUGCACAUGUUAGAGCUAUUGCAGUAUGAGCAUUUCCGAAAGGAGCUGGUGAAUGCACAGUGUGCUAAGUUUAUAGACGAACAGCAGAUCCUGCACUGGCAGCAUUAUUCACGGAAGCGGACACGCUUGCAACAAGCACUCGUGGAGCAGCAGCAACAGCAGCCACAGGCUCCAUCCCAUGGCAACACCACAUCCAAAUGAAGCAGUCAACAUGCUCCUGCUGGGAAUUAUUCUUUCACAAAAGCUUUUUUUGUAAAAAGUCGUUUUCAAACG